AGUAUAUUAUGGUAUAUUUUACAACUUUGGUCUUACUGGUCACUAACGCGCACAUUGUCUUCAACGUCUUCAACGCUGCGAAAUGGAAGAAAAAGUCCAACCGAAAUUCCUGCUUCCAUCGCCCAAGUUUGACAAACCUAAUGGACCCAGCCAGGCCAACACACACUACCUCACCCCCUGUGGGAUGACCCUGCUGCCAAGGGCAAAGCAACCUCCGCCCAUGUACGGCGCACGAGGAUCAACAGUUCCUGCCAAGUUUCUGGCCAAGGAGCAAAAUGUUCCACCUCCUGUGCCUGAAACUCCUCCGGUUUACGAUUGUCCUGCCGUUCCGGAGCAGUGUUAUACCUGUGGAAUGCAACUUGCCAAUUCCCAGGAUAUGAAGCGGCAUUUGGAGCAACAUGAGGAAUGUCCUGCUGAGAAUUGCGACUUUGCAGCUCUUCACAGUAUUCUGGAAAGGCAUAUAGAAGCUCACCACAUCACUGGUGCUUACAAAAAGGUGAAGAAAGUUUGGACAGCCGAGGACUUGGCAGCAUGGAGGGCAGAAAGGAGAAAGAAAUUUCCAACUGCAGCUAAUGUAGAACUGGCCCGACUGGCUAAAGAGCAGCGGAUGAAACGCGGGGAGCGGUUGGAGGCUUCCAAGUCAAGAUUCGGAAGACGAGAAGAUCGACAAAGGAUUCAAAAGGGCCAAAACAGACAGGAUUCCAAAGCCAGGAGCAGACAAAAAAGAAAAGAAUAUUUCCUUGAAAAGAACAAGAACCAAAGAUCUACGUCUGAACCAAUAAUUCAACCAUCUGAACCUCAAGCUGGACAACAGGAAGAGGACACCACCUCGAAUGAACUAAAAAAGUUUCAAGGAACUGGUCAGAUGGCAGACUAUAAACACCUUAAAGAUAAAGUCAAAAAGGAGGACAAUGCCAUAUUUGGUUUAGUGGGCAUGUAUGGCUCAGAUAGUGAGGAAGAAAGUGAAUCUGACUCUGAGGAGAUUGAAGAACAGAAUGAAGAUGAAAGUCCAAAGGCUGAAGAGCCUGCAAAUUUAAAGCAAAGGGAAGAAUCUGAUUCUGAGGCAAUCGGAAAAGGAGCAGAAGAUGAAGGUCCAAAGUGUAAAGAAGUUAAAGAUAUAGAACAAAGUGAUGAUAGUCCAAGCCCUUCAACAAAAGUGGUUAUUAGUGAAAAUGUCUCUACUGCGGAAAGAGAUUGCUCUUCAGAUGAAGCACCCGAGGAAGAACCUAUUCAGAAAAUCAAAGAGCCAUUAGCAGACACAGCUCAGCCUGACCCAGAAAAGGCGGAGUCCUCUGAUGAAGCACCAGUCGAAGUACCUUUUGAACGGGUAACUGAAACCAUAAUUGAAACUGUCGAGAAAUCCACCUCAAGUGAAGCAACGAAACCAAAACCACCGGAAAAGCGUCCUGCGCCCAAACGUGUUUACGGCUUAAACUACAAAAGAGCUAGAAGGUCUGCACCGCAGAACACUUUGUUGUCGAAGCUUUUGGCAAAGGAUAUAAUACAUGAAAGGAAUAUUCUGCUGCAGUGCGUCCGUCAUGUCUGCCAAAAGAAUUUCUUUGGCAUUGGUCAACCUCAAGAGAAACCUCCAGCUUGUGAUAAUUUAUAGGGCUCCCAUUGAAGAAUCAUUAAAUAUACAGUACAAAUUUA